AACCUGCUGUGGUGGAGGAUCAGUGAUUCAUCUGCAGCUGCUGAUAAUCUGAAAUUGGGGUUUUGAAAGUUCAAAUGUUGACUGAAGGAGUUGUUUGAGCAGCAUCUCCUCCCUCGGUCCUGUCGUAUAAAGCAUCCAUCGCACACCCAGACACCCGCUCUGCUCUGAACCUGCUGCAGACAUGCCUGCAGUUGGGCUGCAGAUACUCGCCGUGACGCUGGCUGCCAUGGGAUGGAUCUUCUCCAUCUUCACUUGUUUCUUACCCAUGUGGAGAGUGUCGGCCUUCACCGGGGGGAACUUUGUGACGACGGAUGUCACUUGGGAGGGCAUCUGGAUGACCUGCAUCCUCCGGAGCACAGAUGUUCUGCAUUGUGAGAUGCAUGACACCAUUUUGGGUCUGGACGCAGAGCUUCAGGCUGCUCGUGCUCUCGCCAUCAUCUCCAUCGUGAUGGGAACUCUGGGGCUGCUGGUUGCCACUUUGGGGGCAAAGUACACGGUUUGCAUAGAGGAGGAGCGGGCUAAGGCUCGGGUGAUGAUGGCUGCUGGGCUGGCUUUUAUCCUGGCCGCUCUCUCCCUGAUGAUCCCCGUGUCGCAGACAGCUCACCUCAUCAUCGCACAGUUCAAAGAUCCGACCGUGCCUCAAGGACAGAAGAGGGAUUUGGGAGAAGCUCUGUACCUGGGAUGGAGCGCCGCUGCUUUUCUCCUCAUGGGUGGAUGCAUCCUCUGCUCCAGCUGUCCACAAAAAGCUGGGAGAAGGCACAAGCCGUCGUCGAAGGCGGCGCACUCCCAGGCCAAGACGACUGGUUCAGGUGUCCUUGAAAAGCAAGAUUACGUCUGAAGGUCUGUCUGCUCUCUGUCCCGGGUCAAAGGUCGAAGAGACCUGAAGAUGUUUCUCAGAUUGUCCUCUGGGAUGCUGAAAACCCACAGCUCCUUCAUCCAUUUACCUGGAUGACUGUUUCAGGCCACAGGUGGGCGUUCGUCCUGUUGCGCCUGAUUAAAACAAACAUUUAAUCUGUCAUCUUAUUUUGAAAAGUAUCAGCUUCCUCCUAAUAAUGUUUGAUGUUUUUUGUGUGUUCAGACUUUAAAAAGCUGCAUUUUCACAAAUUUUAUGGAUUUUUAAAAAUUGUUUCUAUCAAAAUAAAUGACAAUAAAAACCAAGUA